AUGACUUUAGCUAAACACUGGAAAUAUUCGGAUGGCGAGGAUUUAGUACUUACCAAUCUUAAAGGUUUGGUAAGGGCCAAUCCUGCUAUAAACUUGAUUGCUUCACAAAAGGUGAUUUUUAAUCCCCACUCCGAUACAAGUAAAAAAGUAGCUCUUAUUAGUGGUGGUGGUGCAGGCCAUGAACCAUUACAUGGAGGAUUUGUUGGUGAUAACUUAUUAGAUGCAGCAGUUAGUGGUCAAAUAUUUGCUUCACCAUCUACUAAACAGAUCAUGUCGGCAUUAAAAGUUAAAGCCGAUAAAGAAAAGGGAGUUAUUAUAGUAGUUAAAAAUUACACUGGAGAUAUAAUUAAUUUUGGAUUAGUAUCAGAAAAGGCUAAGAGUGAAGGAUAUAAUUCUGAAAUGGUAAUUGUGGCUGAUGAUGUAGCUGUUCCUCGUGAACAAAAUAAAAUGGUAGGUAGAAGAGGUAUAGCAGGUACUGCUAUUGUACAUAAGAUAUUAGGUGCUGCAGUAAAUACUUCUAAAUAUGAUCUCAAACUGGCUACUGAAUUAGGUAGAGAUGUUGCCCUGAAUUUAGCAACAAUCGCAGCAUCUUUAGAUCGAACAUCAGUUCCUGGUAAGACUGAAGAAAUUGAAUUCACCAAGUCUGAUGAAGCCGAGUUAGGAUUAGGGAUUCAUAAUGAACCAGGUACUAGAUUGAAACCCAUUCCUAAUAUUGACGAAUUAAUUGACGACUUGUUUUACAAAUUGGUAUCCCCUGAAGAUAAGGAACGUCACUAUGUUGAUUUUAAUUUAGACACAGAUGAGUAUGUGUUGCUUAUCAACAAUAUUGGAGGUACAUCAACGUUUGAGUUGAGUGUUAUAGUUGAACACGUUGUUCAUAAGCUUCCAUUCACUAAGAAACCACAAAGAAUUCUUGUCAGUGAUUUUGUUACAUCAUUGAAUGCUCCUGGAUUCUCAAUAACUUUAUUGAACUUAUCCAAUUUGAAGUAUGAUCACGAAGAGAUCUUAGGUUACUUGGACGCUCCUACCAAUGCUCCCGGUUGGAAACCUCACUCAUAUAAUGCCAAGUUGUGGGCUCAGUCAACCGAAUCUCAAUACUUUGAAUCAGAUGAUAUCUUAACUGAUACAAAAGUGUCUUCAGAUUUGAAACUAGAUGCUCACCAGUUUGAAAAGGCACUUGUUGGAGGAUUGGAAAAUCUCUUGAGUCAAGUAGACAAAGUCAAUCAUUAUGAUACUAUUGUUGGUGAUGGUGAUUGUGGAGAAACAUUGGAAGCAGGAGCCAAAGCUAUAUUGGGACGAAUCAAACAAGAUAACUCCUUCUUGAAAGAUCCCGUCGAAGCAUUGUCGAUCAUUACCGAAUUAGUCGAGGACAAUAUGGGAGGAACUUCAGGAGGAUUAUACUCGAUAUACUUAACAGCUUUGUUAAAGAAUUUAAGAGAAGUCAAGGAAUUGACUGUGUCUACAUUUGCUCAAGCUGCUCAUACGGCUCUCUACGAAGGAUUGUUUCACUAUACUCGUGCCAGAACAGGCGGCAGAACAUUAGUCGAUGUUUUGCAGCCAUUUAUUGAUGAGUUAUACAAAUCUAAAGAUCUUUCUGCCGCAUUAACUAAAGCUCAUGAGGGUCGGGAUAAUACUUUGAACUUAAAGGCUAAGUUCGGUAGAGCCAGUUAUGUUAAUGAAGAAGCCUUCCAAACUGAAGGAGGGAUUCCUGAUCCUGGUGCCGUAGGAUUACUCGCCAUUAUUGAAGGAUAUAUCAAUAAUCUUUACAAGUAG